UUUUCUUCCUCAAACUCAUUCAUGGAAAAACGUUUUCAGCAGACGGAUGGCUCCUUGUUGGAGAAGCAGGGCACGUGCAAAAUCUGCCAAUCCCCCUUACCCUUUUGGCUUUUGCACGUGCUCCCCUUCUCCAACUUGGGUUCCUCUUCUUCACCUCUUUACUGCAUUGAUUCAUACCUUAUGCUGCACGAGCUUUUAUUAGCACUAGUUGGCUAUACCGGCGAUCUCAUAAUCGACGAGCGAGAGCACCAGAAUUCUCUCGGCAUUCACUUAUACCCCGACGCCGCCAUCUCUGGCCAUCACUGCUUCAAGCUUGCUUCCGAUGUCUCAUUCAUCGACCCCAGCGAAAGGGAUCUUAUUGAGAGGUUAGUGUCGCUAGGGUUUUACUACCGAGAGCUCGAUCGUUUCACAACGAAAUCCCGGAAUUUAAGUUGGAUAAGAUCCGGUGGCGUUUUGCUUUCACCUUUGGAUAGAGCUUCCGAGUUGUUCAAUCAUGGAACCGAGAACCCAAGUGUUUAUCGCAGAGCCAUUGCUAAUGGGCUGGUGGAGGUACUCUCUGUUUAUAAAUCUGCUGUUCUUCAAAUCGAGCAGAAAUUGUUAUCGGAAACCAUGCCUGUUUUAGCAACUGUCAGUCAAGGCAUUAAUAAGUUCUUUGUUAUUUUGCCACCUUUGUACGAACUUGUUCUAGAGAUUGAGCGCGAUGAUUUACGUGGAGGAAAGCUGCUUAGCCUUUUACACAAACGGUUCCACUGUGGGGUGCCUGAAUUACAGGCUUGCGUUCAAAGGCUUCUUUGGCAUGGUCAUCAAGUGUUGUAUAAUCAGCUUGCAUCAUGGAUGGUUUAUGGCGUUCUUCAAGAUCAGCAAGGAGAAUUUUUCAUUAGAAGGCAGGAAGAUCGAGAUGUGGAGUAUGGCUCAUUUAUCCCGGACACAUCAGACAAACUUGCACGCUUGUCAGCUGAUGAUAAAUCUGUAAGGGAUUGGCACUUUGGCUUUCAUAUAUUCCUGGAUAUGCUCCCCGAGUAUAUCCCUAUGCAUGCUGCAGAGUCUAUUCUGUUUGCCGGUAAAUCCAUUAGGAUUCUCCGGAAUCCAAGCCCUGGCUUCAAGUUUCAAGAUGCUCUAUAUAAUCAGGAGAAAGGAAAAUGCUCUCAGAAGAUUUAUGGAUCUGCAGGGCGUGAUCCUUUCCCCAAGGAUCCUAUAAAUGGAAAAAUGAUCGGAGAAGAAUUUCUUCCGCAAUCUGAGGCUGAUAAGAUUGAAACUAUGCUUCAAGAUCUAAAGGAAUCAUCAGAAUUUCACAAAAGAUCAUUUGAAUGCUCGGUCGAUUCCAUCCGGGCUGUUGCAGCUACUCAUCUUUGGCAGCUUGUGGUUGUACGUGCUGACUUGAAUGGCCACCUGAAGGCUCUCAAAGACUAUUUUCUUUUGGCGAAAGGAGACUUUUUCCAGUGUUUUCUUGAGGAGAGACGGCAGCUAAUGUGCCUACUACCUCGUCCGUCAACCGCUGAAGCUGAGAUUACAGUUCCAUUUCAGUUGGCAGCCAUAAAGACCAUUAGUGAGGGAGACAAAUACUUCUUUAGAUUAUCUUUGCGGAUGCCUUCAUUUGGGGUCACAAUGAAAUCGUCCCAAGUAAAUUUGUCAAAUGGAAGUUCAGAGACAUCAGUUGAUGGUUGGGAUGGUAUUGCACUUGAAUAUUCUGUUGAUUGGCCCUUACAGCUGUUCUUUACUCAAGAAGUUCUCUCCAAGUACCGUGUACUUUUCCAGUACCUGCUGAGGCUCAAACGAACACAAAUGGAAUUGGAGAAAUCCUGGGCAUCUGUAAUGCACCAGGAUCACACAGAUUUUGCCAAACACCGUAAUGACCAGAAGAACUGCUCGACCUCUCAGCCACGAAGGCAGCGUUUAAUUCCAAUGUGGCACGUUAGAGAGCACAUGGUGUUUUUAAUCAGAAAUCUUCAAUUUUAUAUCCAAUAGUAUAAAGUUCAAAUCAAGUGUCUGCAAAAUUCUUCCUGAAAUGCCAACAACUUGUUGGCUUAGAGGCAAGAUUCAUGUUGU